AUGUCUACGCGCGUUCAGAAAGGCAGUACCGUCUUCAGGCCUGUCGCAAGACCUCGAGCGCAUGGCUCCGAGUCUCGUCAGUCGUCCGCUGUUCCUGACUCACGCCUUUCAGUGGGCCCAAGUAGCGUCCAGCACGACCCCGUUCCCCCGAAUGGUACGACGUCUAUGCCACCGCCUUCUACUAUCCCCUCGAAAUCGCCCUUGGUAGUCGCGCAGACGCCUGAAGUAACUCGGGCCCCUCCAACCGUCGUAUCUGUUGCAAGCUCCAACCGGGAAAAUGCUAGACCUGUACUCGCAAACGGUGCGAGCAUGAUCUUACCACCUAGUCGAAACAGUAGACCCCCCCCGGUGCAGAUUGCUUCCCCUUCUCGGAUGCCUACCAGCACGCCUCUACGACAGGUUAUUCAUAACGCCGAACCUUCUUCCAGCACAGCUCUGCGACAAGCUGCGCCUGACACGGAGUUUUCUGCGAGUGCACCCAAUCAACAAACUUCUGUUGAUUUGGAAUAUGCCAUCGACAAUGCCACUGCCGUUGCUGCUCUUACACAACUGGCUGCUGCUUUAGAGGGCUCUCGCCAAGUUCAGCCCACUGCGGAAUCCGUGGGCAGUGACAAACCCAAGCGGAAGCGGCAGAUUCGCAAGUCAACUGGUGACGUGUCUGAGAGCGGGGAGGAGCAAUCAUCCCAACAGCCUGCGACCAGAAGACGAAAAAGCAAGCCCUCCAGUAACCCCCGGAGAUCGCGCACACGCCAGCCUUCGGUACCUCCCUUCGACCCAAACGCCGACCCCGGUGAAGAGCUGGAUCCCACCGUAAUCACGAUGGCUAUGCUAUGCGACGAUACCGGGCAGGGUCGCGUGAGUACCAAGGCCUCGCAGAUCGUAAGCAACCACGCUGCGUGGAGAGCCUCUAACAAGGAGAAGAGAGCGCGUAUGAGGACACAGAUGGAGGCCAAGAAGUACGGCAGGGACGCCGAUGAAGAGCAGCCGACCGCAAGGAGAGCAAACGAAGAGUCUGCACAGAGAGAGCUAGCUCCUCCUAUCAAAUCUACUGGCUAUCCUGUCGCGGGACCGUCUACCUCCGGGCCCAUUGUUCCUGACGGAGCGCCUGCGCCUCCUGAUGGAUUUAACUACGCUGAAAAUCUCGCGACUAGUCGCUAUGCUGUCCGGGUCCGGAUUGGUCCUAAUGGCGAGACGAUCAUCGACGAGGACUCGCUCUUUGUCAAUCGGCAUGAGGAGCAAGACACUGAAGGGUACACUCACAUUGAAGAGUCGGACACCACGAAAUUUGUCAACUCUGGUACCUACGGCAAGAAGCUUCGCGGAUCAAGAUGGAGUGCGGAAGAGACUGAAUUAUUCUACGAUGCUCUGUCGCAAUUUGGCGAGAAUUACGAGCUCAUCUCGUACGUACUUCCUGGUCGAGACCGCAAAGCGUGCAAGAAUAAAUUCAAGGCGGAAGACAAGAAAAAUACCAAUAGAAUAACUUAUUGUUUAAACAAUCGCAGACCAUAUGACAUCCAGACGCUGUCGCGCAUGACUGGAAAGGAUUUCUCGGGGCCUACUCCUGUCAUCCGGGCCCCGACUCCUGCGCGGCUCAAUGAUCAAGACAAUGAAGGGGCCGCUGGUACUGGCGAAGCUGCUGACGCCAACGAGAAGCCCGAGACAAACGCCGAGGAGAUUGUUGGUAACAUUGACUCGGACGAAGAGUUACCGAACAGUCUAUUUGGUGAAUAG